AUGUCGAGGGUGAGUCAAAAUGCUUCUGAAUCAACAAUAGCCAACACUACUUUCAAGAAAUUUUCACGUCAAGUUAAACAGACAUGUGAUUCAGAGGCCAUCCUAUCUCCUCUAAAAACGCUUAAGAAUGACAAAACAAUAUUGAUUACCAAACCAGAUAAAGGUCGGGGUGUUGUCAUCUUAAAUAGUUGUGACUAUAAACAAAAGAUCUUGAACAUUCUCAGUGACCACACGAAAUUCAAAAGAAUUACCACUGAGGUAUCAACUCAUCUAUUAUACCUCGAAGACAAAUUAAAACGACUACUCCGGAUCAUUAAAACCUCCGGUAAUGAAAGCACUUACAAUUUUCUUAUGACUUCUGGCUCCAGACCUGGCCUUCUCUAUGGACUCCCCAAAGUACAUAAACCUAACAUUCCCCUAAGGCCCAUUAUUUCUUCGAUUGGCACUUUUAACUAUAACACUGCAAAAUUCCUGGUUCCUAUCAUAUCCCCUCUAACUACCAAUCAGUACACAAUUGAAAACUCUACUACCUUUGUAAGUGAAAUUACAUCCCUAACAUUCCAACAACCCAUUACCAUGGCAAGUUUUGAUGUUGAGUCAUUGUUCACCAAUGUUCCCCUUCAUGAAACCACAGAUUUAAUAGUCAAUAAUUUAGGAGCUGGGACGUCUAUUAGUAUUGCUUCCAUAAAAUGGCAGAUUAUUUUGACUUAG